AUGUCCAAGGUCACCCUUCACAUUCGCAAGUACAUCGUCAACAAACUCCUCGACCGCAAGCAAUUUGUUGUUGAUAUGCAGCACCUCGGCGCUAAGGCCCCAACCCGUGACGAAAUCAAGGAUGAAGUCGCAUCUCGCCUCAAGGCCAACAAGGACCUCGUUGUCAUUUUCGGCCUCGAAACAAAGUUCGGUGGUGGCCAUACAACUGGUUUCGGCUUCAUUUACGAUUCCAUCGAUGCUCUUAAGAAGACAGAGCCAAAGCACCGCUUAAUCAAGGCUGGUCUUGCCGAAAAGGGCAAAGUUACACGCCGUAUGCGUAAGAACGCCCGCCGCCAAAAAGUUAAGGUUUGGGGCUCAGGCAAACGUGCUGAAGCACACAAGAUCCGCCGCCAGCAGCGUAAGGAGGAACUUGGAUCCCACUAA